AUGAACUUUAAUCAAAGACAAAUGAAGAUAGCCGAUUAUUCAAUUGACACAACUGACAAUGAAGUAUUACUCAGUUACACCAAGACCAUCAUUGGUGAAUAUCCCAAUGUUUACUUCAUUGAUCUGUACACCAACCGGACCAUUGCUCCCAUUGGAUUGGUUGUGGUUGAUGAUCAAACCAUCAAGUUCACCUUCCCCACUCUCCCAAUCUCUGACAAGUUGGUGUAUGGAUUCAAGGACAUCUUUAACUGGAAUGGUCAUUUUAUUGGUCCUCAAUACGCGGGUGUCUACUCUACGACUGAGCAACCUCCUGCCCCAAACACCCUUCCAUCGAGGUCCAAACUUAGUCUUUGCCCACUAACCAAUCCUACCUGGUUUGGAGGUGAUACCUCAGUCCAACCAUCGGUGUCCCCAAUGGCCAAGUUGGUUGCCAAUCCCUGCAACUCAACCAUCUCCAUCUGUAAGCCAAGUGAUACUUUCUACUAUGAGCUGGAGCUUGAUCUGCGCCUCUCAAAAGGUAAUCUAACAAUUCAAUUCUACCAGUUCACAUUCGCUGGUCAGAAGUAUAAUGUCAACCUUCCUAUUUUGUUGGAGUCAUUGGAUUCUAUUGUUGAGUAUCAAAUGAACAUAGAUGACCAGUCUUACCAGUUCAUUGGAGAGGGUACGGCUGACCUUUUCCAACCAUAUGAGCCUCCAAGUGAUAAGAUGGUUGGGAUUGUCAGUCCAAGUACAUUCAAAUCAUACAUCAGGUCCUUGUAUGAUAAGGAAUUCCUCAGUGUCACUUUUGGAAAUGGAUCAGUUGUCCCUUUUAACUUUGAUUGGAUUGGAUAUUUGGCCAAACCUUCCCAAGAGACAUUCAUCUUCAACUCAAAGGAUGUAGCAAGAAUCAUUAUCUUGGUGAAGGAGGAUGGAAAUAUGUUCUAUAUGUCCUCUUCCCAGACUAAGUUCUGUCCAACUGGUUCCCCUCGUAACUCUGGUUAUGUUGGAAGUACUCAUUACUUGUUCCGUAAUGGACCAAAAAUGAACAGAUACCAACUUAACUCCAUGGUACCUAAAAUCACAAGGACUUUCAGAAUCACUUUGUUUGGAAAGUCUUAUCUAUUCAAUACUACUCAUCUCAACCAUGAUGAUGACCAGGUCAAAAUUAGUUUCCAUUUCAAUGAUGCCUCAUAUGACUGGAUAUUGCUUGGCUAUUCUAUGUUGUACCCAGAGAGUGGUACAAUCAAAGGUGGCUUGUUCAUUCCAGACACUCAAUUUGGAUCUAACCUCGAUCAAAUUGGUGUUACACCGGACAAACUCUUUAAUCAACCCAACUUCUGUUCCCAAGGGGAAGGAAGUGGUUUGAGGAACAAUCUCAACUAUUUUGUUGCCAGAGGUGAUUCUUUCAUUCCAAAUUACAUGCCAUUCUGGUCCCAGUGUGAUGGUACCUUGUCUGAUCGCAGUCACCGUACCAAGUUGUCCGAGGGCAAGUUAACUUGUGAUCUAGCAAGCGAAAUCGGCAGGUCCAUGAUCCAAUUCAACCAAGGCUCCAUCCCUAUUCUACAACCAUUUGUCAGCCAGCCGACAAUCAACCGUACCAUCAACUCAAACUACAUCGAUCCCUGCGAAGGAGAGUUUACAGUUGAUGUCUGCAACUCAGGCCAGGUUGAAGGACUUUUCUUCAUGGAUUUCUCUUGCAACAAUGAGAUGGGAGAGGUUCUUAUUGAACUGAUCAACAGGUUCCAGAUUGUGCUCCCAGGUCAAUGCCUUCCAUUCUCCACCAGAAUUGUCUACAAGGAGUAUCCAGCCAAACCUCUGCAGUGUCGAGUGGAUAUGUCCAUUAACAAACAACUGCUCUGGAUCGAUGAGGGAAUGAAAUCGACCGCCAACUUCAUCAUUCCCAUGUACCCAUCUUGCACAAUGGUCAACCCUUGUUUGGAGGUCAUCUGCAAGCCCAAGCUGGAUAUUAUCGAAUACCAUCCAUCAGAGUUUAUGAAGGUGGGCCACUUCCUAUAUACGUCCAACUUUGAUGUGAAGAUUAAGAACUCUGGAGAUGCAGGUGGAUACUUCAAGUCCACUCUCAAUUGCUCCUCUCCGAUCAUCAAGGAUUCGAACUUUGAACAUGAGAAUGGACUCUAUGAACAGGUCACCUACAUUGACUCCAUGAGCAAUGAUACUCAAAGAUUCCAACUAUUGGUCGAGCCUUCUCCAACUCCUAAUACAUUCUUGGAAUGCAAGGUGAUGACAACCAUUAUGAACCCUAGCAGAUGUUGGUCGAUUUCUGAUACCGACACACACAACAACACCAUCCUCACUGCCAUUCCAUACGACCCUCUAGUCGAGUGA